AUGUUUAGGAAAUCAGCAUCGAAAGCAGCUGCUGCUCUGGUAGCUAAGCGGACCCUUCAGAUCACUCCCAACUUUAAGCCUCCGUUUAUUCCACUCACGGCCAACGGAUUCUCGGAGGCUAUUGGAAAUACUCCGCUUCUUCGUCUUCCAAAGGUGUCUGAUGCUGUAGGAAGAAAUAUUUGGGCUAAAUUGGAGUAUAUGAACCCUGGAGGUUCCAUUAAGGACCGUGCUGCUAAGUUUAUCUUGGAUGAUGCCGAGAAAAAGGGCCUCAUUAAGCCUGGAGGAACUGUUGUUGAAGGUACAGCAGGAAAUACCGGAAUUGGGUUGGCCCAUGUGUGUCGUCUGCGUGGCUAUAAAUGUGUCAUUUACAUGCCUAACACCCAGUCGCAAGCUAAGAUCGAAACAUUGAAGCUUUUGGGUGCAGAGGUGCAUCCUGUUCCAGCCGUGGCGUACGACAAUCCCGAGAACUACAACCACCAGGCCAAGAGACACGCAGAGCUGCUCGAGAAUGCAGUGUGGACCAAUCAGUUCGACAACAUCGCCAAUCGUCAGGCGCACAUUGACACCACGGGUCCUGAGAUUUGGGCCCAAUUGGAUGGAAAAGUGGAUGCAUGGACAUGUUCCACUGGCACAGGAGGAACAUUUGCUGGUGUGACGCGGUACUUGAAGACGAUGGAUCCAAACGUCAAGUGUGUGUUGGCAGAUCCACCAGGAUCAGUUUUGUACUCGUACAUUAUUAGUGGAGGCAAUGAAAUAGUGCGUGGAGGAUCGUCAUUCACAGAAGGAAUUGGUCAAGGCAGAGUUACAGAAAACUUGCGUCCAGACAUCGAAUUGGUUGACGAAGCACUCAAAAUCCCCGACGAGGAGUCUAUUGCCAUGGUUUACAGAUUGUUGGACGAGGAAGGAUUGUAUGUUGGGGGAACCAGUGCGUUGAACGUGGUUGCUGCCACAAAGGUUGCCCAGUCAUUGCCCGAGGGCUCCAACGUGGUGACUGUCCUUGCUGACUCGUCGCACAAGUACAGCGCCCGUGUGUUCUCUAAGCAAUGGCUCCAGGAAAAGAACUUGUGGGAUGCCAUUCCUGACGGAUUGAAGAAGUAUGCUGUUUUGGACUGA